AUGCUGAAGGUAACACUGUUGCUGGCGCUCAGCGCCAUCUGCGCCACGCAGGCCGUGUCGCUAUCCGGAAGUCGCACCGCCGACAUGGAUUUCAUCCACAAGCAGAAGAAGAUCUUCAACCUGUUGCUCUACGUGAGACAGGCGGACUUGAGCGACGCAGAGUGGUACGAUGUCGGCAGGAACUACAACAUAGAGAGUAACAUGGACAUGUACCUGAACAAGACUGUCGUUCAGAAUUUCAUGUGGUGGUACAAUCAGGGAAUGUUCCUGUCCCGUGAUGCCAUUUUCACUACCUUUAAUUUCGAACAAAUGAAGGAGCUGCAGAUGCUGUUCGAACUGUUCUACCAGGCGAAGGACUUCCAAACGUUCUACAAAACUGCUGCUUGGGCCAGAAUUCACAUGAAUAAUGGCAUAUUCACUUCAGCUUUCACCACCGCAGUACUCUAUAGGCAGGAAUGUAUGAACAUGAGACUGCCAGCGAUCUACGAGAUCUAUCCUAAUUUCUUCUACGAUUCGAACGUUAUCCAAGAAGCACAGAACCUGAGGAUGUCUCGUAGUUUCGGUGCUGCAAUGGACAAUGCUGAAACGCACAUGGUCUACGCAAACUAUUCUAGCAAAUACAAGAUGCCAUACAGCGAUGAUGAAUACAAACUCGACUACUUCAUGGAAGACGCCGGAUUAAACGCGUAUUACUACUACAUCCGGCAAAUGUUCCCCUUCUGGAUGAACAGCGAAACGUACAACAUGCCCAAAGAAAUACGUGGUCAGCUGUACUAUUUCUUGCACCAACAGCUUCUGGCUAGAUACGGUCUGGAACGAAUGUCGAAAGGCCUUGGUCCGAUAAACGAAUUCGACUGGAACAGACCCAUUAUCCCUGGAUUUUACUCAACGUUGAUGUACCCCAAUGGCAUACCUUUCCCACAGAGAAACAGAUAUUCGUCGGUGCCAUAUUACAAAUACAAGAAUCUUAGAGUAAUCAAAGCUCUGGAGAUGCGUAUAAUGGACGCCAUAGACACUGGCUACAUGUACUGUGGACGUGGAAAGAAGGUAGAUAUCUACACUCCAGAAGGUCUGAACAUGAUAGGCAACAUGAUAGAAGGAAACUCCGACUCUUGCGACAGCACAUUCUACGGCAUGUAUGAUGCUCUUGCUCGCGACAUCCUGGGCUUCAGUUUCAAAUACAAGAACAAAAACAAGAUGAUCCCCAGCGCCCUCCAAUGUUACUGUACCAGUAUGAGAGAUCCAGCUUUCUACAUGCUUUACCAGAGAAUCAUGACUUACUUCUCCAGGUACAAGGAAUUACAGCCUGCAUAUACUCAGAGUGAUCUACAGAUGCCAGGAGUCACAUUCGAAACUGUGAAUAUGGACAAACUGUAUACCUUCAUCGACGACUGUGAUAGUCUGAUCAACAAUGCCGUAGCAGUUCCGAACAUGAAGGCUGGAAAGUCUCUGCGUCUGAAAGCACGUCGUUCUUGCAUGAAUUACCAACAGUUCACCUAUAGGAUGAGCAUCAACUCUGACAGGGAAACGAAGGGAAUGCUCAGAAUCUUCCUUGGACCUGCUUUCGACGAGGUCAAGCAGGACAUGGUCUACCUAGGCAAAUACAAUAACUACUUCGUGGAAAUGGACCGAUUCGUCGUAACACUCCACCCUGGAAAUAAUACUAUUGAACGACUUAGUUCAGACUCGUUGGUCACAACACCAGACAUGAUGCCUAGUGACGUAUACAAUGAAAAAUUGGACAAGGCUAUCAGCGGAAGCGAGCCAUUCAUGUACUCUGAAAGGAUGAUCGGCAUGCCCGAACGUCUCACUCUGCCACGUGGCAGACCAGAAGGUAUGAGAUUCAAGAUGUUCUUCUUCGUGAGUCCCAUUGAAGAGAGCACCAUGAUGUCGUACAAUCUACCAAUGUUCGGAAAAAUAAUGUUCGACGGCAAACCGUUCGGAUUCCCAUUGGACAGACCCAUGUGGCCAAAAUGGAAUAUCCCGAACAUGUACUUCACAGACGUGUACAUUUACAGCCGUGAGAAUAACGUUGAAAGUUAUUUAGGUAUUUCAGGUGAUAUUUUAUUUGUUGCGGCCCUAGGACCACAAGUCCCAAGUCAAAUGGGGGACUGUGUUAUUUUCUAA